AGUUAGUAGGUAGUGUUUUGCCCCUUCAUAAGAAUACUUCUAAUCAAGAUGGUAUCCAAAGCAGUCCUGAAAUUCACAAUAAUCGGAGUAGCCGCAGUAAUUGUGUUGAAGAGAGAGAAUAGAAGAGAAAAAUACCAAGUCUGAUGAAAGUUUGACUUUUCAAAGGCAAUGAAAUGACAAAUACUGACCUAAUUCUAAAGGAAUCUAUUGUAAAUAAAAUGUCAUAUCCAGCCCUUUAAAAAAAUCAAGAUCAUAUGAUUACAGUGCUCAACAGUACCUCCCUCCACCCUGCUGAAAUUGCUCAAAACAAAGAUAAGAACCUGAGCCUGGCAGAGGUGGAGAAAUUACAUUAGAAGUCCAAAACAUGGCAGCAAAGCAGAAUUUCCAGUGCUUGGAGGACCAGCUCGUGUGCCCUGUUUGUCUGGAGGUCUUCAAACAGCCUUUGAUGCUCCAGUGUGGUCAUAGUUAUUGCAAGGAAUGUGUCCUAUCUCUGUCUGGAAACCUGGACAACUAUUUUACCUGCCCUGUGUGUCGGAAGAUGGUGGACUGCAGCAGCUCUUCUCCUAAUGUAUCACUAGCUCGUGUUAUUGACACCUUGACAGUGAUAAGUGGGUCCAGUGGCAAUCAAGAAAACUGCAGGGAUCACCACAACCCCCUGAGCCUCUACUGUGAGAAAGACCAUCAGAUAAUCUGUGGACUCUGCGGAAUUAUUGGACAACACAAGCAACAUAAAUUAACCCCUCUCUCCAGUGUGUAUGAGAGGAUGAAGGAACAACUUGCUUUGCUCAUAACAGGAGCUCAGAUGCAAAAGAACAACAUGGAGAGGAACACAAACAGAUUAAAACACAACAGAGCUCGUAUUAUUAAUGAAUCUGAUGUCUGCAAAUUAGUGAUUCAGAAAGAAUUCCAGGAACUCAGAGGUUUGGUUGAUGAGGAAGAGGCCAACUUCAUUCAGUCCACACAGUUAAAGUGUACCACUACUGUUGAAACAAUUGAUGAACAACUGGAAGAAAUGUCCAAAACACUGAAACAGCUGAAGGAAGUUGAGGUUUCAUUGAAAAAAUUGGGCAAUGAAAAUCAUUUAGAUUUCAUAAGAGAGUACAGUUCAAUCGCCUCAAUUUGCAAACAGAUGCCGGAGCCACAAUCAGACAAAAUCUUCAGUGCCGUUUUGUUCAAGCCUGGCUUUAGGCAUGAUGAUAUUAAACUAACCGUUUGGAAAAAACUGCAGAAGCGGAUUUUACCAGAACCAGAGCAAUUAAAAUUAGAUCCCAGCACCGCACACCCACUUCUGAUCAUAACCAACAGUAGUACCAGGGUAGAAUGUGGAACUUACCUCAAGCGCUUGUCGUUGGUACAGGAGCGAUUUGAUUACAACACCUGCAUUCUUGCUAACAAAGGGUUCUCCUCAGGCAAGCACUAUUGGCAAGUGAUUGUCGAUGACAAGAUUAGAUGGCGCCUUGGCAUCAUCAAAGGUACCACAGGACGCAAAGGGAAGUUGACCAAGACUCCUGAGAAUGGUGUGUGGAUGAUUGGAGUGAAAGAAAGAAAAAAUUAUGAGGCAUAUCAGAAUCCCAAAAUUCAGCUUUCACUCUUGGUGAGGCCACGGAAGAUUGGUGUGUUCCUUGAUUAUGAGGGAGGGCGACUUUCAUUCUAUAAUGUGGAUAACCCGGAUGAGCUGAGUUUGAUCUAUGUUUUUGAUUCAGCCUUUCAAGGAAAGAUUUAUCCAAUUUUUGACCUCUGCUGUGUCGACAGAAGUAAUGACUUAGCACCUAUCACACUCUGCCGUGUUUGAAUUUAUUCCAACAAACAGCAAAAGGCAUAAAUCAAAAAUAUAAACCACUACUUAUCUAAUGCCCUGGUUAGCAGUUAUUGUCGCAUAAUUAAUACUAUCCUAAUCUUAUAACACGACUCAUCAUUUAAGAGGCAGCAUUUAGUUCACGCGAUCUUUUUUUUAAACUUACUAUCUGAUCUCCAGAAUUAGCAAGAAAUAUGUUUGUAAUGUUCAGCUGUAAAGUAGAUUUUUUCAUUUCACGGAGCUUAAUUGCUUAGGACAUUGAACUGUGGGGUUUAUUGGUUUAUAUAAAUUAUCCAAAUGUCAUGAAAUUUAAUGAAAAGUGCUGUAAUCAAAUUCACGACAAUUAACCAUUUUUUAAAAUGUCCAAACUUGGGUCAAAAGAACCCAAUGUGAAAAGUAUAACAUUCUAUCUCAUCUUUUUUCAAGAUUUUUCCAUCUCCAACAAAGAGUGAUUUUGUUUUGUGUUUUUAAUUGUAUGAUGUCUGGAAUGUAACAAUUGAGUGAUGGAUGCAAAUGUUAUUGUCCAUAUUAAGUUUGUAUCUUGAAAAUUUAUUGUAUGGGGGGGUGGGGUGGAUAUUUGGUCCAUCAUGCCUUGGCUGACUCUUUGAAAGAUCUGACCAAUUUGUCUUAUUUCCCUGGUCCAUUCAACAAGGGUCCUUUAUGUUUUCCCCUACUCUGAAAAGAGUGCAGACAAGCUUUGUGAGCAUGUUGCCAGGACUUGAGGCCUGAGCCAUAGGGAAAGAUUGGAUAGGCUCGAAUUUUAUUCCUUUGAGUGCAGAAGGCUGUGGGGUGAUCUUAUAGUGGUGUAUAAAAUUAAAAGAUUUUAUAAGACACUUGGACAGGUCCACAAAUAGGGAAGGUUCAGAGAGAUGU